AUACAGUACUAAACGCAAAAUACUUGACAUUUUUUGGGAGAUGAGAGUUGGUGAUAAUUUCUAUAUUAAUUCCAAUGCAUACAUUUGUUCGGCUGUAAGAACCACCGUACUUUUCCAUGUGUUUUAAAUCGGGGUUUAUUUUAACACUUUUCCUAUGACCCGUUUGGACUUGUUAGGCUAGUUGCUAGGAUACCAUUGACCGGACUUUGUUGGCUACACGAAGGGACUUGAUAGCAUUGGAUAUUGUUGUUUUUUUAUUAUUGCAAAAAUGUCUGACACUGGAGGUGAUCAAGGACCCAAAAGCACAUUUUCUACUUACAUGGCCGAAGGGGAUCAGUUAUUCCAUAAAGGAGAGUAUGUUAAAGCUAUUGAGAGCUACUCUACGGCAUUGAUUAUACAGCCAGAUGAAAGAAAUUGUCUGGUUGCCAGAUCAAAAUGUUAUGUGAAGAUGGGAGAUCCUGACAAUGCAUUGCGGGAUGCAGAGGCCUCUCUUAAAGAGGACAAAGAAUUCUUCAAGGGUUUGUAUCAGAAAGCUGAAGCUCUGUACACCAUGGGAGACUUUGAGUUUGCCCUGGUGUUCUACCACAGGGGGCACAAGCUGCGGCCAGAGCUUCAGGAAUUCAGACUGGGCAUCCAGAAGGCCCAGGAGGCCAUCCACAACUCUGUGGGUAGCCCCUCAUCUGUUAAACUGGAAAACAAGGGGGACCUGUCCUUUUUCCACCAGACUGAUGACGGGCGUGAGUCAAUGGUGAAGACUGUGCGUCCGACAGGCGUCAUUCAUCCCCUGAGAAGGGAGAUGAAGCAACAGAACCAGAAAAUGGCCAAGCUGCUGCUCGGGGAGCUCUACAGCGAUAAGGAGUACCUGGAGAAACUUCUGAAAGAUGAAGACCUGGUGAAAAGUAAGAUGCGCGGUGGGGAGAGACUGCAGGACAUUAUUGUCAAUUGCAUCACCUAUCUGGACACGCGCACCGAGUUCUGGCGCCAGCAGAAGCCCAUCUAUGCGCGAGAGCGAGACCGCAAGCUAACGCAGCAGAAGUGGAACAAGAGCCGGCAGAACCCUCCCUUCGACCCCACCCGUUUUGUACUCAAGAACCUGGAGGAGAUUGAUGCAGCUUUGACUGUAGGUGAUGCUGAGGGCAGCUUGAAGAAAGCUCAGGAGGUCCUGAAGUCAGUUCAAGGCUGGUCUGAGGAUGUGGUACCCAAUAAGAAGGAAGUGCUGGGGAAUCUGCACAGUUGCAUUGGCAAUGCCCUAAUUGACCUGGGAGAAAUGAACAAAGCACUGGACAAUCACCAGAAAGACUUGGAUCUGGCCAGACAAUACAAACUCCCAGACGCAAUGUCACGGGCGCUUGACAAUGUUGGCCGAGUGUACGCCAGAAUAGGGAAGUUCCCCCAGGCUAUCGAUGCGUGGGAGGAAAAGAUCCCCCUGGCCCGUGGUGGUCUGGAGAGGACCUGGCUAUUCCAUGAGAUUGGCCGCUGCUACCUCGAGCUGAAGCGUUACCACCAGGCCAGGGACUAUGGCGCACGCUCGCUCGCUGCGGCUAAUGAAAUUGCUGAUGAAAAGUGGCAACUGAACGCCUGUGUGCUGGUUGCACAGUCAGAGAUGAGGCUUGGGAACUUCACAUCCAGUGUUGCCCACUUUGAGAAGGCUUUGGACAGGGCUCUCCCGGAGGAUCCUGCCAGGGAUGCCAUCCGAAAGGCUCUCAGCGAGGCAAGGCAAUGUUUGUGAGUGAAGGUGACUGCAGAGAAGCUACAGACGGAUGAUCAAAGACAAUGUGUAAAAAAUAUAUUUUAAAAAACGUUUAAACAUGACUGACCUCCGCUUGAGUUUGUUGUAUAAUUUUUUUUUUAAUGUAUUUAGAAAUAUUUUAAAAAUAUGUAAUACUGAAUGUACUGUACCCGUUACAGAUAUAAUGAUGCUACGAUAUUCCAUAUCACCUGAAGAGAAAUGCAUUGAUCUACAUAAAGAAUGAAAUCCUUCCAGCUAUGUAAUAAAUACAUGUAUUCCUUUCACCGUGUUUCCUGUAAUGUUGCGUUCUCUUUCAUACUGUUUUUUGUGAUGCCUUGCCAGUUGUCUUUUGUUUGCGAUUUGUGCCACCUCAUAAUCCAAGAAAUAAUUAGUGUGUACUGAGCUGUUGGCACUUGCAACACAUGGUAUUGUUAGUCUAAUUAAAACUGUAUUCGAAACAGAGAAUCACC